AUGGGCAAGUUCUCUGAAUUCCUCUCGUCAUCUUCUUCCUCCAACAACCCUCCUCCCCCUCCUCCAACAUACAACGAGUCCAAAUCCCCUUCCUCCGUUCCCGUCCAUGGCCCACCACCAACUACCUAUCCCAACGAGCCGCCACAUCCUUUCCCCCAUCUAUACGGAUGUCUCCAUCUCGGUAGAUCAGAUAGAGUGAGGUUGAUAGGAUUACCCCAGAAUGCUGUACCUGCAGUAGAGGAGGCCAUCAGGAGGGUAUGGAUGGCUGGUAUUCAGAAGAGUGAGGCGUAUUAUAAAGGAUGGGAAUGGAAGUUGAGUGGGAACCCGUGGUACGGUCAAGGUGCAGAAGCAAUCUACUCUCGUCGAUUGAUGUGUCACAUCCUCCAUGCUCUUUCAGCUAUAGGAUGGGAUGUACACAUGUCAUGCGACCUAACCAAGAAAUCUUUCGAUAAAGAUACAUUGAUUUUACAUUCUGUCCAACCCCGUCAGAAGUACUACUUCUCGAUCAGUUUCAACGAGAGUGAUAAGAUUAGGAUUAUAGAUCCUCCUGAUGGACGAGUGAGAGAUGCGUUCCUGAGGGCCGUCCAGACUUGGCCAUUAGGAAUCCAAGCUCAAAUCGAGAAAGAACCAGGUGCGACUCAAGUGAAACUUCGUGGUAAUCCCUGGUGGACAUCAAGUGGUGAUCAAGUGGUAGAAGCAAGAUUGUUGGUCUGUACCUUGUUAUCCGCCAUGGAGAGUGUAGGGUUCGAGCUGGUCAGUAGUGUAGAUAUGAGUAGUGGUUCGGGUGAUAACAACUAUGAUUUGGACACUUGGUUCUUCGCUACCAAAAUGUGA